UUCGCCAGAGUACAUAGUGUCAAAAGAAAAUUGUCGUUUGUUAAGAUUUUUAAGACAAAAGACAAACACAAAAUAAAUAAGAUACCCUAUUUGAUGGUUUCAACAAACAAGUUUCUCUCCAGAAGAGAGAUCGUAGCAGCCCAUAUCAUUCUUUUGAGUAUUUUCUUGUCCAUAAGCUUUCUUCCAGUGGGUGCCAGUUCGGAAAGGAAGGUAUUGGAAGGUCAAGUAAGAGUGAUAGAUGGAGACACUAUUCGUUUUUUGAACGGACCUAGAGUCAGAUUGAAUCACAUUGAUGCUCCAGAGUUGAAGCAAACUUGUCUUCUCCAGGGAGUUGGCAAAAUAUAUCAUUGUGGGAAGACUAGCAAAGAGACUCUAGAAGGUAUCAUAGGGAACCAUAAGAUUUACUGUGAAUCUGACAAACUUGACGUAUACGGACGUUGGUUGGGCACCUGUUGGACUCUGGAUAUGGGGCAGAAGGGCAUUAAUAUCAACCAACGAAUGGUUCAACUUGGUGAAGCAGUCACCUAUAAGGGUGCUACGACAUAUCGAGUAGAUGAGGAGGCUGCGAAAGUCGCCAAAAAAGGUAUAUGGAGUAGCAGCUUUCAAUGGCCUUGGGAGUUCCGCAAAACAAAACGAGCAGAACUUUAAACUGCUUUAUUUUCCAAUACAGAAGUCUCGAAAGAUAACGUCCAAAAGUUGCUCGGUUUCCACGUGACCCGUAAUUUUGCCUAUUUCGUUCAUGGCUUGUCGAAGUUCUUCGACUGCUAAGACAAUACUAGCAGGAGUCUUUGGAAAUUCACCUAGUAACUGGU